GGCGAGGAGAGCCAAGCACUCUGAUUGGGCGGCGAGGAACCAUAUAAGGGCGGGGCCGGUUGCGGCGCUUGGGUCGAAGAGGUUGGCCAGGUGCGGAGCUGCGGUUGAGGAAGUUCCUUCCCUCCCCGCUCAGGCCUCCGUCGACCGCUGUGGGAGCGAUGUCCAGUGAGCAGAGCUCGUGGAGCAGCCUGACCACGCUGCAGAAGGUCGCGCUGGCCCUUGGGAUCCCGGCUGGAGGCGCCAUCCUCUACAUCCUUUAUCACCGUUACAGGGAGAGCCGAGAGGAGCGGGUCACCUUCGUGGGCGAGGAGAUCCAGGUCGAGAUGACGGUGCCGAAGGAUGCGGUGAAGCUGCUGAUCGGCCGCCAAGGAGCUACCAUCAAGCAGCUGAGAAAGAACACCCGUGCCCGCAUAGACGUCGACUUGGAUGUGUCCGAUGAGGACAAGCGAAUCCUGAUCUUCGGCUCCCCCGUCCAGGUCUGCAAGGCCAAAGCCGCCAUCCACCAGAUCCUGGCCGACAACUUGCCAGUGGAGGAGAAGAUGCACGUUCCCCACCGAGCUGUCGGGCGGAUCAUUGGCAGAGGUGGGGAGACGGUGCGGUCCAUCUGCCGGAGCACUGGAGCCCAGGUGAACUGUGACCGGCAAGAUGGCGCAAACUUCUCGCUCACCCGGCUUAUCACGAUCUCUGGGACUCGGAAAGAGGUGAAAGCUGCCAAGGAGGGGUACCACACGGCGAGUCUUCCCCUGUGA